AUAGAAUGGAGUUUAUUCAGAGAGAUAAAGACAGUGGAAUAGAAUGGAGUUUAUUCAGAGAGAGAAAGACAGUGGAAUAGAAUGGAGUUUAUUCAGAGAGAGAAAGACAGUGGAAUAGAAUGGAGUUUAUUCAGACAGAUAAUGAAAGACAGUGGUAUAGAAUGGAGUUUAUUCAGAGAGAUAAAGAAAGACAGUGGUAUAGAAUGGAGUUUAUUCAGAGAGAUAAAGACAGUGGUAUAGAAUGGAGUUUAUUCAGAGAGAGAAAGAAAGACAGUGGUAUAGAAUGGAGCUUAUUCAGAGAGAGAAAGACAGUAGUAUAGAAUGGAGUUUAUUCAGAGAGAUAAAGACAGUGGUAUAGAAUGGAGUUUAUUCUGAGAGAGAAAGAAAGACAGUGGUAUAGAAUGGAGCUUAUUCAGAGAGAUAAAGAAAGACAGUGGUAUAGAAUGGAGUUUAUUCAGAGAGAUAAAGACAGUAGUAUAGAAUGGAGUUUAUUCAGAGAGAUAAAGACAGUGGUAUAGAAUGGAGUUUAUUCAGAGAGAGAAAGAAAGACAGUGGUAUAGAAUGGAGCUUAUUCAGAGAGAGAAAGAAAGACAGUGGUAUAGAAUGGAGUUUAUUCAGAGAGAUAAAGAAAGACAGUGGUAUAGAAUGGAGUUUAUUCAGAGAGAUAAAGAAAGACAGUGGUAUAGAAUGGAGUUUAUUCAGAGAGAUAAAGACAGUGGUAUAGAAUGGAGUUUAUUCAGAGAGAGAAAGAAAGACAGUGGUAUAGAAUGGAGUUUAUUCAGAGAGAUAAAGACAGUAGUAUAGAAUGGAGUUUAUUCAGAGAGAUAAAGACAGUGGUAUAGAAUGGAGUUUAUUCAGAGAGAUAAAGACAGUAGUAUAGAAUGGAGUUUAUUCAGAGAGAGAAAGACAGUAGUAUAGAAUGGAGUUUAUUCAGAGAGAUAAAGAAAGACAGUGGUAUAGAAUGGAGUUUAUUCAGAGAGAUAAAGAAAGACAGUGGUAUAGAAUGGAGUUUAUUCAGAGAGAUAAAGAAAGACAGUGGUAUAGAAUGGAGUUUAUUCAGAGAGAUAAAGAAAGACAGUGGUAUAGAAUGGAGUUUAUUCAGAGAGAUAAAGAAAGACAGUAGUAUAGAAUGGAGUUUAUUCAGAGAGAUAAAGAAAGACAGUGGUAUAGAAUGGAGUUUAUUCAGAGAGAUAAAGAAAGACAGUGGUAUAGAAUGGAGCCAUUGAGAGGGCUGUGUGAAAUGAACCCUCCCUAUAGAGGAGAUGUAGGCCCAUAUCCUCAAUAACAGUUAUCCUCGUUAACUACAGCAUUUAUCACCGCUUAUAAGGCAGUGGUAGCCUAUACCCUACUCCUGGUGAGUUAGAUACUGGGUGUGCAGGCUUUUGUUCUAGCCCUGCUCUAUCACACCUGAGUCUUCCAAUUAGGAGGGUUGGCUACUGAUGGUUUAAGAGGUUGGAGAGGAAGCCCAUUGUGAUUUAGCCGUUGUGUAAGAGGAUAGCAAUGUAUAAUAUUACUGUAUCUCUCUAAGUUACUGUAUUUAUCCAUGCUACGUGGGGUGUGUCCUUGAGAACAGACAUGUCUUGUCACUAGCUGUAGACAAAAUGUCUAUGGGACUUCUGGAAGUGACAGUUAGGUUGCUACAGUAAUCAGACAAAGCUAGGGGAGGUGGGGUCGGAGUAUGUCUGUUUUAUUUGGCAUUGACGAGAUCUCUAUUUUCUCUCUCUCUCUCGCUCUCUCUAUCUGUUUCUCUCUCUCUCCCCAUCUGUUUCUCUCUCUACAGGAGGGCCAGGUUCUAGAAUGUUCUCUGAUCAACAGUAUUCGAGUCGGAGCUGUUCCAAGGGACCCUAAGAUCCUGUCUUUGUUGGAGUCAGCGGGGAAGAAGGAGGAGGAGCUGGAGGGAUGUGUCAUCUGUGUUUGCAGUGGCACCGACCUCGUCAACCUGUCCUUCAUGUACAUGGUGGCUGACAGCCCAGACACUGCUAGGAAGUGGACAGAGGGUUUGAGGUCAGUGAUCCACAACUUCAGAGCCAAUAACGUCUGUCCUAUGACCUGCCUCAAGAAACAUUGGAUGAGGAUGUGCUUUCUGACCAAUGUGAACGGCAAGAUCCCAGUGAGAACCAUCACACGGACGUUUGCAUCUGGGAAAACAGAGAAAGGAAUCUUUCAGGCUCUGAAGGAACUGGGUCUGCCUAGUGGAAAGAGCGAGGAGAUAGAAGACUCAGCCUUCCCCUUUGACAUCUUCUACGCCCUGACUCAGAAGAUCUGCCCUCGUACUGACAUCCAGGAACUCUUCAACAAAAUCAAUGGGGACAAAAGUGAUUUUUUAAACGUAGACCAGUUAGUCAGCUUUCUGAAUGAAAAUCAGCGCGACCCGCGGCUAAACGAGAUCCUGUUCCCCUUCUAUGACCCGAAACGAGCCAUGCAGAUCAUCGAGAAGUACGAAAGAGACCCAGACCUCAAGAAGAAAGGCCGUAUGUCCAGCGAUGGCUUCUGCAGGUACCUGAUGUCAGAUGAGAAUGCCCCGGUGUUCCUGGACUGUCUGGAGCUGUACCAGGACAUGGAACAGCCGCUGGCCCACUACUUCAUUGCCUCCUCCCACAACACCUACCUGACCGGGAGGCAGUUUGGAGGAAAGUCCUCUGUGGAGAUGUACAGACAGGUUCUGCUCUCCGGCUGCAGGUGUGUAGAACUGGACUGCUGGGAUGGAAAAGGAGAAGACCAGGAGCCUAUCAUCACUCAUGGCAAGGCCAUGUGUACUGACAUUCUCUUUAAGGAUGUGAUAUCAGCCAUCAGAGAAACAGCCUUUGUGACAUCUGAGUAUCCUGUGAUCCUGUCAUUUGAAAACCACUGCAGUAAACCCCAGCAGUACAAGAUGGCUCGGUACUGUGAGGAGAUCUUUGGAGACUACCUACUGAGGCAUCCUCUCGAGGGAUACACUGUUGAAGCGGGUCGUCCCUUGCCUUCUCCCAUCGACCUCAAACGCAAAAUCCUCAUCAAAAACAAACGCUUGAAACCUGAGGUGGAACAGAAGCAGUUAGAGUCCUUUAAGAAGCACAUGGAGGCUGGAGAGACCAACACACCAGCUAUCUUACUGGGAGCAGAGACAGAGGAAGAUGUGGAGAAUGCUCUAGGUGAUUUGAAGGAGGUGAACCCUGACUUGAAAAUCAGUACCUCAGAGGAGCCUAGUGAAGACAACAGCCUCAGCACCAGUGUCAGUGUGAAGAAAGAAGGAGAGGAGAGGGACAACAGCAUCAAAAAGGUUGUGGAGGAGGAUCCAACAGAGAUGUCUGAGGCCACAGAAGCUACAGACACCACAGACAUCUCAGAGGCUUCUGAGGAUAACAACAUCAAGAAGACUGGAGAGACGACGGAUGACGAGGAGGCUCUGAUAGCCUCGUACACAUACGUAGGAGCCACCACCAACAUCCACCCCUACCUCUCUGCCAUGGUCAACUACGCACAGCCAGUCAAGUUCCAGAGCUUCGACGUCGCAGAAGAGAGGAACAUCCACCACAACAUGUCGUCAUUUAAUGAGUCAGUGGGUCUGGGUUAUCUGAAGACCAACGCCAUCGAGUUUGUCAACUACAACAAGCGUCAGAUGAGUCGGAUCUACCCUAAAGGAGGCAGGGUGGACUCCAGUAAUUACAUGCCUCAGAUCUUCUGGAACGCAGGCUGCCAGAUGGUCUCCCUUAACUACCAGACCCCAGAUCUGGCCAUGCAGUUGAACCAGGGAAAGUAUGAGUACAACGGAUCCUGUGGGUAUCUGUUGAAGCCAGACUUCAUGCGUCGCUCAGACAGGAUGUUUGACCCCUUCUCAGAGACACCUGUGGACGGGGUUAUUGCUGCUACCUGCAGUGUACAGGUGUUUUCUGGUCAGUUCCUGUCUGAUAAGAAGAUUGGGACCUACGUAGAGGUGGACAUGUAUGGGUUGCCCACGGAUACCAUCCGCAAAGAGUUCCGCACCCGCAUGGUGAUGAACAACGGCCUGAACCCCGCCUACAACGAAGAACCUUUCGUCUUCAGGAAGGUGAUUCUGCCAGACCUGGCUGUGCUGCGUCUAGCUGUGUAUGAUGACAAUAAUAAGCUGAUAGGUCAGAGGAUUCUACCAUUGGAGGGUCUACAGGCAGGAUACAGACACAUCUCUUUACGCAACGAAGGGAACAAGCCUCUGUCUUUACCCACCAUUUUCUGUAACAUAGUGCUUAAGACCUACGUACCCGAAGGCUUCGGAGCCAUCGUGGACGCCCUGUCAGACCCCAAAAAGUUCCUGUCCAUAGCAGAGAAAAGAGCGGACCAGAUGAGAGCUCUGGGGAUUGAAACGAGCGACAUAGCAGAUGUGCCAAAUGAGAGUUCGAAGAAUGACAAGAAAGGGAAGGUAAACGCCAACGUGAAGACCAACUUGACGCCACAGACCAGCUCAGACCCGGCUCAGUCUUCUACUUCUGCCCAGAACAACACCACUGACACCAAGAAGGAUAUAAAUGCACUGGUGCCUCAUGUGAAUAUUGAUGACUUGAAACAGAUGAAGACGUACCUUAAACUGAUUAAAAAGCAGCAGAAAGAGCUGAACUUUUUAAAGAAGAAGCACGCAAAGGACCGCACCAUCAUGCAGAAGUGCCACUGCACCCAGGUGGACAAGAUGAUUUCUCAGCACGACAAGGAGAAGCUGACACAGGACAAACUGCUGGAGAAGGCCAUCAAGAAACGAGGAGAAAACAACUGUCUGGAGUUGAAGAAGGAGACUGAGAGUAACGUGGAGAAACUGAACACUGACCACAAAGCUAAGGUGAAGGACAUUACAGCCCAGCACACUAAGGAGUGGUCAGAGAUGAUCAACUCCCACAGCAGUGUAGAGCAGGAUAUGAAGGACAUCCACGUGGUCCAGCAGUGUGAACAGCUCAAGAAACUACUGAGUGGAGUCCAGGAACAACAGACUCUUUCGCUCAAAUUGAUUCACGAACGGCAGAGCAAGGAGAUGCGGGCCAACCAGGCCAAGACCUCCAUGGAGAACAGCAAGGCCAUCAGCCAGGACAAGACCAUCAAAAACAAGGCAGAGAGGGAAAGGAGAGUUAGAGAGUUGAACAGCAGCAACACCAAAAAGUUCCUGGAAGAAAGGAAAAGGUUGGCUAUGAAGCACCAGAAGGAGAUGGAGACGCUGGAGAAGUCUCAGAAAGAACAGCUAGAGAAGCUGGACAAGUUCAAUGAGCAGCUUUUGAAAUCACAUCAUGCCAGUAAACCGUGUCAAGGCCAAAGACAUCCAGCAGAUGGUGAAGCUGGAGGAGGAGAUGGACCGCAGACCAGCCACAGUGGUUUAACCACUUCCACCAACUGAGACACACACACAUAUACACUGCCCAGACCAGCCACAUUAGUUUAACCACUUCCACCAACUGAGACACACACACAUAUACACUGCCCAGACCAGCCACAUUAGUUUAACCACUUCCACCAACUGAGACACACACACGUAUACACUGCCCAGACCAGCCACAUUAGUUUAACCACUUCCACCAACUGAGACAGACACACACACUCUGCCCAGACCAGCCACAUUAGUUUAACCACUUCCACCAACUGAGACACACACACAUAUACACUGCCCAGACCAGCCACAUUAGUUUAACCACUCCCACCAACUGAGACACACACACAUAUACACUGCCCAGACCAGCCACAUUAGUUUAACCACUUCCACCAACUGAGACAGACACACACACUCUGCCCAGACCAGCCACAGUGGUCUGAACACCCCCACCAACACCUAAGACACACACAAACACCCACACAGGCACCGAAUGCUCCCUCAAACAACUGUCGCAGAGACCCAGAAACACUCACACACCCCCUAGAUCCCCCGUUUAAUUUCGUCACCCUGCAAUAUUGUCAUAGCUCAUAUCCUCUAUCCCUCUAAAUCUCCCUCAGCAAUGAACCACACCCACACACAGUCAGUCCCCCCCUCCAACUCCCCUGUGCUGUGGAGCCAUUGGUGCAGACCGGUGAUUGACAGUAAGAUGAGCGAAUUCUGUUUGAAGGUGGGUGGGACAUCCAAAACAUUGAGACACAUCCCACCUUCACCGUUCCAUUUCUCCACCACUCUACUACACCCGGAUCCUCUUUUUAUAAUCCUCCAUCCAUCUUUUUAAUCUGUUUUUAAUGGAAGCAAUGUUUGCAGAUAUCAAUAGUCACUGUACACAUACACAAAGACACUGAUACACAUACACACAAUCGUUAUCACGUCUGUUCUUUCGGUUGUCAUGACGGCUUAAAUCAUGUUUUCUGUUCAAACUCUUGUAAUACUUUUAUUUUGUAUUUUUAAUGGUACCAGGUAUCAAUAACAGGACCUGAAUAUGGAGGGGGACAAUACGGAUGUAUUAGUUAUACAUUUUAUGUCAGCACAAAAUAUGUAAAUUAUGCUGUAUGCUACACAAGAGUUGAAGUCAUGUCCUGAGCACUUUAUAUGUGGUAGGCACAAUGUGGUAGGCAUAAUGUGGUAGACAUAAUGUGGUAGGCUAUCAUAACCCAAGUGAUAGAUUUCUCUGUUUUGAUGUGAAUGUAAACUGAAAAGGGACAAAACGUUGGAUGAGCGCUGUGGGGAGAAAACUAAGCCCAACGUCAGGUAGUCCUAAACACUGCAGCUUGUCCUUCACGCAUAGUUUUGUUUUAUCAAGGGAUAUCUACGAAUUUUUCUCAACUAAAAGAAUAUACAAAAGGCUAAACCAGAGACUGAUUUUGAUUCUUCUUCUUGUAUAUAGGGAGUGUGGAUGUGUAGACCAGUGUUCUGUCACUGGCCUGUCUUGUAUGACAUCGUGUUAGAUUCAGAAAUAACCAGUUCAUGUAUUGUAUGUGUCAAAUGGCAUAAAGAGGACAAUCAUUUUUUUUAAAUGUAACAUUCAUUUUGAGAUGGGGAUAUAUAUUUAUAUACAUAUACAGUGCAUUUGGAAAGUAUUCAGGCCCCCUUCCCUUUUUCCACAUUUUGUUACGUUACAGCCUUAUUCUAAAAUGGAUUAAAUAAAAAAUGACAAAGCAAAAGAAUCUUAUUUAAGUAUUCAGACCCUUUGCUAUGACACUUGAAAUUGAUCUCAGGUGCAUCUUGUUUCCAUUGAUCAUCCUUGAGAUGUUUCUACAACUUGAUUGGAGGCCACCUGUGGUAAAUUCAAUUGAUUGGACAUGAUUUGGAAAGGCACACACCUGUCUAUAUAAGGUCCCACAGUUGACAGAGCAUGUCAGAGUAAAAACCAAGCCAUGAGGUUCAAGGAAUUGUCAGUAGAGCUCCAAGACAGGAUUGUGUCGAGGCACAGAUCUGGGGAAGGGUACAAAAACAUGUCUGCAGCAUUGAAGGUCCCAAAGAACACAGUGGCCUCCAUCAUUCUUAAAUAGAAGAAGUUUGGAACCACCAAGACUCUUCCGAGAGCUGGCUGCCCGGCCAAACUGAGAAAUUGGGGGAGAAGAACCCGAUGGUCACUGACAGAGCUCUAGAGUUCCUUUGUGGAGAAGGGAGAACUUUCCAGAAGGACCAUGUAUGCAGCACUCCACCAAUCAGGCCUUUAUGGUAGAGAUGCCAGGCGGAAGCCACUCCUCAGUAAAAGGCACAUAACAGCCCACUUGGAGUUUGCCAAAAGGCACCUAAAGGACUCUCAGACCAUGAGAAGCAAGAUUCUCUGGUCUGAUGAAACCAAGAUUGAACUAUUUGGCCUGAAUGCCAAGCGUCACCACUGUAGAAAACCUGGCACCAUCCCUACUGUGAAGCAUGGUGGUGGCAGCAUCAUGCUGUGGGGAUGUUUUUCAGCAGCAGGGAUUGAGGGAAAGAUGAACGGAGCAAAGUACAGAGAGAUUCUUGAUGAAAACAUGCUCCAGGGAACACAGGACCUCAGGCUGGGGUAAAGGUUCACCUUCCAACGGGACAAAACCCCUAAUCACACAGCCAAGACAACGCAGGAAGUCUCUGAAUGUACUUGAGUGGCCCAGCCAGAGCCCGGACUUGAACCCGAUUGAACAUCUCUGGAGACCUGAAAAUAGCUGUGCAGCGAUGCUCCCCAUCCAACCUGAUAGAGCUUGAGAGGAUCUGCAGAGAAGAAUUUGAGAAAUUACCCAAAUACAGGUGUGCCAACCUUGUAGCGUCAUACCCAAGAAGCCUCGAGGCUGUAAUCGCGGGAGACGGUGAUUCAACAAAGUACUGAGUAAAUGGUCUGAAUACUUUUUAUUUUUAAUACAUUUGCAAAAAAAUAAAAUCAACUUGUUUUUGCUUUGUCAUUAUGGAGUAUUGUGUGUAGAUUGAUGAGGGGGAAACGAUUUAAUCAAUUUUAGAAUAGGGCUGUAACGUAACAAAAUGUGGAAAAGUCAAGGGGUCUGAAUAAUUUCCAAAGGCACUGUAUAUACACUACAUGUCAAAAGUUUGGACACAGCUACUCAUUCCAGAGUUAUUCUUUAUUUUCCACAAUCACCUGACCUCAACCCGAUUGAGAUGGUUUGGGAUGAGUUGGACUGCAGAGUGAAGGAAAAGCAGUCAACAAGUGCUCAGCAUAUGUGGGAACUCCUUCAAGACUGUUGGAAAAGCAUUCCAGGUGAAGCUGGUUGAGAGAAUGCCAAGAGUGUGCAGAGCUGUCAAGGCAAAUGGUGGCAAUUUGAAGAAUCUCAAAUAUAAAAUAUAUUUUGAUUUGUUUAACAUUUUUUUGGUUAUUACAUGAUUCUGUAUGUGUUGUUUCAUAGUUUUGAUGUCUUAACUAUUAUUCUACAAUGUAGAAAAUAGUAAAAAAAUAAAGAAAAACCCUUGAAUGAG